GAAAAAAAGAAGAAGAGGGUGAAGAUGAUGAUAUCUGCAGUGGCUCAAUUGAUGAAAAUGGACAAAUGGUGGUAAUGGAAGAGAGUCAGUCCAGUGAUGCUGAUGAGCCAGGGGCAAAGAAAGGACAUCAACAGAACAGUGGUGUGUCUAAAGGUGAGAGUUGAGCAGACAAAUGUGGAGGUUCAGCAUGGAGAGGCUGUUCUGCUGCCCUGCUCCUUUGUAACUACAGCUGUGCCAUCACAUCUCAGCAUUAUCUGGACCACAACACCUUUAUCAGAGCCAAGCUCUCCCUCCCAGGUUAUUGUCUAUGAUCAAGGCCAGGCAAUUGAAAGUCCUUCUUUAACUGGCCGAGUCAGGUUUGUUUCUGCUCCACUGAGUGCUGACAUCCUACUUAACAUGACUCGUUUGUCCGAUGCUGGAAAAUAUCGAUGUGUAGUGAGCAGCCCCCCUGAAUCAGGAUCUCCUGGAAUAGCAGAGCUGAGCCUUACUGUUCUUGCACCUCCCUCUUCUCCUCACUGUUUCGUGAGUGGUAAUAUGGAUGAAGGAGGAAGCAUUUCUCUGACCUGCUUUGUAGAGUAUGGAGUCCCAGUACCUGAUUUAAACUGGAGCAAAAUCAAACCGGACAGGAUAUCUCUUCCAGUCAACAUGGAAGAUUCUCUAAGGGGAACAGUGCAGAUCUUCAAUGUCUCCUCUCAAACAUCUGGACUCUAUCAGUGUACAGUUUCUAAUCGACUGGGUACAGAGAUCUGCUCAGUGGAGCUCAUCAUCCAUAAUACUCCACAUGGUACUUCUGGCAUUCUCCAGAGUAUUUUUGUGACACUCACGAUGGCUCUGAUCCUUCUAACACUGCUAGCCUUGGUUCUGUGGCUACAUCGAUCAGGCUAUGACAGAACAAACAGGAGUGGACAGAGAGAAGAGGAGGAGCUGUGCUAUAAUGAGAUCAGGUACAGGUCCACUCUGCUGCAAAGAUCAUUUGUUUAGAAAGGAUGAUCUUCUUUGAAUUCUAAAUGACUCCAAUAUUUAGGUGUUGCCUGAGGUAAUGUUUUUCCUACAUUUUGGAAAAGUUAAUAACAUUAACAUUACAACAUUCUUUUUCUUUAUUGUUCAGCCAAUAACACCUCAAAUUACUUUUGCUUUUUCAUUCUUAUCCAUAAUGUUUGGUAACUUGCUUAGGAAUAAUCAACUUUUUGCCAGAUGUUUGUUCUUUUAAUGACAAGUUGAAAACCCAUGAGGGAAAACACAUCUCAGUAUAAGUGUCAACAGCUUGCUAUACCUUUGAAAACUGGUACAGGGCAAUAUUUUCCAAGAAUAUUAAGUAAUUUGAUCAAUUUUCAUAA